AAGAAGACGAUAGAAUUCGAUCGUCUGGGCACGAAGAACAAAUAAAAUAUAUUAUGCAUUUUCCAGUUCCUCAAGUCAUAAAGCUUUAACAGACGUUUCUGCGUGACUAGGGCAAACCAGAAGAAACUUCAAUCCUUAGUUCUUCAAUCCUCCCCAACAUCAGACAUACUCUACCUGUUCAUUGCGAUGUCAAUGAUCCCCCCCGGAGUUAGAUGAGAUCAAUAAAAGACGGGCUUAAACACCUCGGUCAAUCCAUCAAAUCCGGUUCAUCUCUUACCAUUUUCUCAUCCAACCAAAUCAUACGAUUAUUAUCUAAACAUGGCCUCAUUAAAGAAGCCCACAACCUGUUCGACGAAAUGCCAGAGAGAAAUAUUUACUCUUGGAACGCCAUCAUCUGGGCCAAUAUAGAAUCUCUGAAUCUAACUCGAGCAAUCUCUUUGUUCGACUCUACCCCAUUGAAGGACACCGUCACUUACAAUUCAAUAUUGACCGGAUACGUCAGAAGUGAUGGGUACCAACCACACGCAUUUCAAACGUUUGCGAAAAUGCGAAAAGACGACAACUUGGUUUGUGUUGACGAGGUUACUCUCACAACAAUGCUUAACUUAACGGCUAAACUAUGUUUCUCUUCUUAUGGGAAGCAACUACAUUGUUGUAUGAUCAAAACUAACAAUCAUUCCAGCUGUUUUUCAGUUAGUUCGCUUAUUGAUAUGUACUCUAAAUGUGACUGUUUUAAAGAAGCUUGUCAAGUUUUCACUGACUGUUCGAUGUUUGAUUUAGUUUCGAAGAAUGCUAUGCUGGCUGCUUACUGCAGAGAAGGUGAGAUGGAGAUGGCUUUGAAUCUUUUUCGUCGUCGAAACGAUUUAAACGAUGAAGUUUCUUGGAACACAUUGAUUUCCGGUUAUGUGCAGAAUGGGUAUGACGAACAGGCACUUGAAUUAUUCGUUUGUAUGGAAUUCGAAGGAUUCAAAUCCAACGAACACACAUUCGGAAGCCUCCUGACCGCACUCGCUUCCUUAAGAAGAUUCAAACACGCGAAGGAAGUUCAUUCUAAGGUUUUAAAGAAUGGAACUAUAUCAAAUCCAUUCGUAAGCAGCGGUAUCGUCGAUGUUUAUUGCAAAUGCGGCGAAACAGGGUACGCAGAAUCAGUUCUCGCUCGAAUCGCAUCGGAAAAGUCAUUCGCCACUACUUCGAUGAUAGUCGGUUAUUCCUCUAAAGGAAACAUGUCAGAAGCCAGAAGGCUUUUCGAUUCAUCUUCCGACAAAAACAUCGUUAUGUGGACAGCCAUGUUUUCGGGUUAUGCGAAAUCCCAUAAUCCCGAAGCUGUUUUCAAUCUUCUUAACGAUUACAAUUCAAUUCCAGAUGUUCUAAUCCUUACCAGUGUUCUCACCGCCUGUUCAAUGCAAGCUGCUAUAGAUCUCGGUAAGCAAGUUCACGCUUACAUACUACGAAUAGGAUUCGAAAACGACGAUAAUUAUCGUAAAUUGAUCAGCACUAUGAUCGAUAUGUACUCAAAAUCGGGUAACUUCCCUUACGCUAAACGAAUCUUCGAAAAAAUUUAUAGUCGAGAUACAAUCCUAUACAACGUGAUGAUAGCCGCUCACGCUCAUCAUGGAUAUGAAAGCGAAUCUAUCAGUCUUUUCGAGGAAAUGUUGGAAAGGGGAUUAAAACCAGAUAAAGCGACGUUUAUAUCGCUUCUUUCUGCAUGUCGUCAUCACGGAUUAGUCGAAAUUGGCGAGAAAUAUUUCAUUUCGAUGGAGAAAGAGUUUGGAUUGUCGCGUGACGCGGAUCAUUAUGCUUGUAUGAUUGAUUUAUACGGGAGAGCGAAUCAAUUAGAGAAGACGGUUACCCUUAUGAAGAGUUUUUAUGGGAAAGUUGAUAAUGUUAUGUUGGGAACGUUUCUAAAUGCUUGUAAGAUGAAUAAGAACAUUGAACUUGCGAGAGAAGUUGAGAAUGAGUUAACGAGAGUUGAAGGAGGAUUAGGGAAAAGGUAUGUGCAGUUGGCGAAUGUUUAUGCCGCGGAAGGGAAAUGGGAUGAAAUGGAGAGGAUAAGGAAUGUGAUUAGGGCGAAGGAGGUUAAAAAAAUCGCGGGUUGUAGCUGGAUUUACGUAGAUGGAAAAUGUCACGUUUUUACUGUUGGUGACAUUUUUCAUCCCGAAAGGGAGGUUAUAUUUACCGUGUUGGAAUUCUUGUUCUCAGAUUUAAGCAUGGUAAAAACAGAAUUUCUUAACUGCUAGUCAUGUUUUCAAGUGAGUUAGUACUUCAUUUGUAUUGUCUUGCUGUCUUUAGUUAUUUGGAUUUGAAACUUGCACAAAGGAAUACAUGGAAAUGGUGUUUUUUUUCUUUCAUUUUUUAAGAUGCCUAGUGCAUUAACAAUGGAAUGAAGUGGAGUAAUCUCAAUCUGUUAAAUCAGGUAUGUAGCCUAUUUUAUUUUGAAGUGGUGUUUUCAAAUAAAGCCAUUUGAGAAUUCAUAUUGAAGAAUACUCAUC